AGUACCGGCCCCACGAUGGCGCCGCGGUGGCGGAGCUAGCACGACCCGCAGGCGGUGUUUUUCUGGCUGCCGUUGCUCCUCGGCUGCCGGCCGGCGCUGGCCGCCCCGGGAAAGCCGCGGACACGCGUGUGUCUUCUGCGUGCACACACACCUGCGCGGUCGGCGCAGUCGUGCGUACCGCCUCUGCAUUGCUGUGUGCAGGGGGUGUCGACUCGGUUCUUCCCGAGCGAGAAGGGCAAGGGCUGUGCCAGAGGAAAACACAGCUCGGAGUUCUAGGUCCCCAAACGUGGUACCUUAUUUCAGCGGGGUGUAGGGCUGCCUUCAUGCCGUGGAGGAGUCCGGUGGAAACGACUGGUUGUUAAGGGAGAAGUCCUGUGUAGUGUGAGAGGAGCUGUAAAGAAGUUUUGAUGUAUGAUCGUCAUGCCCUGAAAUGUCACAGCUUCUUUUCUCGAGGCAGAAAGAACAUCCAAAAGUGAAAGGCAGAUGAGAAGACAGGCACUGCCUCCUAGAACGGAGAAAAUGACUGUUGACCAGGAUUGGCCGAGCGUUUACCCUGUUGCAGCGCCCUUUAAGCCCUCCACAGUGCCUCUUCCUAUUCGGAUGGGUUAUCCAGUGAAAAAGGGUGUUCCCAUGGCAAAGGAGGGGAAUCUGGAACUUCUAAAGAUCCCUAAUUUUCUGCAUUUGACUCCUGUAGCAAUUAAAAAGCACUGCCAAGCUCUUAAAGAUUUCUGCACUGAGUGGCCAGCUGCACUAGACAGUGAUGAGAAAUGCGAGAAGCAUUUUCCUAUUGAAAUUGACACUGCUGAUUAUGUUUCAUCGGGACCAUCUAUUCGAAAUCCCAAAGCACGAGAAGUAACCCUAAGGGUGAAAUGUUCCAGUUUGAAUUUAGAUGAUCAUGCAAAGAAGAAAUUAAUUAAACUUGUAGGAGAACGAUACUGCAAGACCACAGAUGUACUCACCAUCAAAACAGAUAGAUGCCCUUUAAAGAGACAGAACUACGACUAUGCAAUGUAUCUACUGACAGUAUUAUACCAUGAAUCUUGGAAAACGGAAGAAUGGGAAAAAAGUAAGACCGAAGCAGACAUGGAAGAAUAUAUAUGGAAAAAUAGCUCCUCAGAAAAAAAUACCCUGGAAACGCUUCUCCGGAUUAACACUGCUGAGAACAAAGUGCAAGUAAAUAAAGAAGAGCUGCUGAGUACUAAAGAAGUUGAAGAUUACCAGAAGUCUCUUGUUAGUCUUAAGAAUGAGGGGGAAAAUGAAAUCACCCUUUCUCAGUACAAAGAGUCAGUGAAGAGACUACUAAAUUUAACAUGAGUUGUAAAGUGGAAAGAUCUGCUUUAUUAAUUUUACAAUAUGUGCAGUUAGUAUCUAAUUUGAUGUAAAAGUGAAAGUGUUUAAAGACCAAUUCUUACACAAGAGUUAAUUUUAAAGUUAUGUGUAAUCAUA